AGACGACCGAGUCAAGAAGACGCAAUUUUGAUGGGGAAGAUACAGAUCCCCUCAUCUGAGCUUCAAGUCUUUGGCGUAGCUGAUGGGCAUUAUGGACAUGAAGCCGCAACUUUGUUGCGCGAUCGCUUUAUUGACGACUUUUUACGUCCUGCCAUCUUGAAGAUGCAACUUACCAGUACAAAAAGUACUGCUGUGGUUGGCGAGGAUCAGCCAGGGCUAGCUUCUGCAGCUUCAGGCGAGGAUCAUGAGAGGACAAGUACAUCAGAGAGAUACAACAUGUUGACUGACGAACAACAACAAUCGCUUUCAACUACAUCAGAGACAAGGAAGAACCGUGCCAUCAAGAAAAACGGUAGUGAAGAUGAACAAGACGUGGGAUGGGAACACCUAGACGCACCUUCGGUCGUACGAAGCGCACUGCACUUGGCGUUGCAGGAGUUUGACCGUUUUCUCGUUCAGGCACAGGAAACAGAAGCUGGAUCAACGCUGACACUGGUUGUACAUGGAACUGUGGCACAGGGAACCAGUCGUGCAAGAAGUCCACAUAGUACUAGUAGUAGAGUCUCUUCUAGGACAGCCAGAUCGACGUUCCUCGUAGCAGCUCAGAUAGGCGACUGUGAAUUGUGGAUGGCAGGCAAGAAGAAAACUACGGCUGCGGCAAAACAAGACGUUGGCAAAGAUGACGAAGACGCAGUUCUUGCCCUCGGUCGUAAGAUUGAAGUGAUAAGCACUGGCGAAUUGGGGCAGAUCGAGGAUAUCCGAGAAUCGUCAGGCGGAGCGAGAAAAUUGUACUUGGUACUUCUCCAGCAAC